AUGGCCCCAGACAACCGGGGUCCCUCUGAUCAGGCAUCGGACCAUACGACUGCUUCUCGCGCUCGGGAUUUCUUCUCCGUUCCUACUCCGAUCAAACGCAUCUUCGAUCAGUUUCCUCUGGUGACAUAUGGCCCGAAUGACCUUCCGUAUCGUUCGGGAUUGGAGCGGCGUGGCAAUCGGUUGUUUGUAUUCACAGACCCGGCGCGUGCAAGGCGCGGGAGACCUUCAUUUAACCCGCAAUGUCUCAAGUGGCAGGCAUACUUGAGAUUUGUGGGCAUUGACGUGGAAACCGUCCCCUCAAACAACCACGCUUCUCCAACCGGCGCCCUUCCCUUCCUUCUUCCCGCUCUCCCUGCCGGCACUUCCUCGCCAAUUCCGUCAAGCAAGCUUCAAAAAUGGGCCAUUGAACAGGUACAUUGUGAGGAGGAACAGCAACUGAACUUGCGCUUCGAGGUGUAUGGUUCACUACUGGAUCACCGGAUACGCAAUGCCUGGCUAUACACGCUGUACCUGGACCAAGAGAACUUUACUGCUGUAGCUCGGAGGUUAUACGUGGAUCCGUCGACGAGCAAUUUCGCCGUGCGCGCUGCGCUCUCCAUGCAGCUCCAGAAUGCUGCGCGGGACGAGCUGUUGAAGACGUCGGCCUACGUGGACGCCGCUGCGCUGGAGGCGGAUGCUGCCGAUGCGUUUGAAGCGCUAUCGGCUCUGCUCGGUGACAAUUUACACUUCUUCGAUCGCCCGAAUCCUGGGUUGUUCGAUGCCAGCGUCUUCGCAUACACACAUCUGAUUCUGGAUGAAGGGAUGGGUUGGAAACAGAACCGACUGGGACAGCUGUUGCGGCAGCACGAGAAUCUUGUACAACAUCGUGAGCGAUUGCUGAAGUUUUUCUAG